AAAAGAAACCCAAAUGUUAAAUUUGACACUCAGAAAAGUCAGAACAUGGACCCAAAACCCCAAACUAUGAAACACUCUCCUUUGGCUUUUGCUUCUACCACUCCAACUUGGAAAACUGCAUCUUCUUCUCAUUGAAAAUUCCCACAAAUCUCCUCCAUCACUUUCUCACAGAUCAGAAAAAAGCUUCAACUGAAAAUUGCUCUGUUUUGCCUUGAUUCUUGCUCAAACCUAAUUUGAUACUUGGCUAGCUAACAACAUGAUGGACUCCAUCUCAUUCUAAAAUAAAAUGGAGGAUUUAUACGAGGAACCUCGGUGCUGAGAUUUUCCGGUACACUUGUAUUGCUUACGCUUUAGCUUAAGAAAAUAUGGGAUUUGAAUUGCUAAAAGCCUUUCAAGUGGAAACUAGAAGGUUGCUUUGGCUCAUUGGUUUGGUGUUUAUAACUAUUAUACUGUUCCAAUGUAUUGAAUUACCAAAGGGUAAUUCUUUAUGGUCCUUGUUUUCUCGAGGUGAUGAAAUCCCCGAGAAAAAAGUCCUCAGCUUCUUUGGUGAUAACUCGACUUCCUAUUCCGCCUCAUUAAGCAAUAUGAGUUCACCAAGUACAAGUAUUGUAUCUGAAGACAGGAACAAUUCUUCAGUCAGAAUUCAUCUUUGCAAUACUACUGAGUGUGGGAGUAAUACUUCAUCCAAUGAGGCCCCAAAAAAAGACUUCAACUUGGCCCCGUCAGAACCUCCAGUUGCACCAUUUCUUUUAUCACAUGAUGUAGCUUCUAAUUUAAGUACGGAGUUUAGCGCUCCACCGUUACCUCUAAUUCAUGUUUCGGAAAAUAAGACUUAUAUCUCGGUGAAUCCCGAGCUUGGGAAUACUACUGAGAGGAGUUCUGCAUUCAAUGAGGCCCCGAAAGAAGACUUUGCUUUGCCACCAGGGCAUAACGGGGAUUCCAACUUGGCACCGGUAGAAUCUCAUGAUGUAGGUCGUCCUAAUUUAAGUAUGGAGUUUAGCACUCCACCACCACCACCACCACCACCACCACCACCACCACCACCUCCAAUUCAUGUUUCAGCAAAGAAGCCAAAGUCCAAGAUGUUUGAUAUGAAAGUCCUUACAUUGUCAGAUAUGAGUGAGGAGUUGCUCCAAAACUAUUUGUCACCUCCUACGAUGGUUCCACGGUGGUCCUCAAAAGUGGAUGAGGAAUUAGUACUUGCAAAACAAUUGAUUUCGAAUGCACCUCCCUUGAAGGAUGUGCUCUAUGCUCCAUUAUAUCGUAAUGCAAGCAUGUUCCACAGGAGCUACGAGUUAAUGGAGCAGAUGCUUAAAGUCUACAUCUACAAGGAAGGAGACAGGCGAAUAUUCCACAGGCCACCACUCGAGGGAAUAUAUGCUUCGGAAGGAUGGUUUAUGAAACAUAUGGAAGCAAACCGGCAUUUUGUCACUAAAAGACCCAAGGAAGCACACCUCUUUUACCUUCCUUUUAGCUCUCGGCAGUUAGAGGAGACGUUGUACGUGCCUAAUUCACAUAGCCAUAAAAACCUUAUACAACACUUGGAGGACUACGUAGAUAUGAUUUCAUCAAAGUACGCUUUUUGGAACAGAACUGAGGGAACAGAUCACUUCCUUGUUGCCUGCCAUGAUUGGGCUCCAGCUGAAACAAAACGGCAAAUGGGUAAUUGCAUAAGAGCUUUAUGUAAUGCUGAUGUCAAAGAAGGAUUCAAAUUUGGCAAGGAUGUAUCCCUUCCAGAAACAUAUGUACGAAAAGCACGCAAUCCAUUAAGAGAUAUUGGAGGAAAACCACCUUCAAAGAGGAAAACCUUAGCAUUCUAUGCUGGAAAUAUGCAUGGUUACUUAAGGCCGAUUCUCUUACAAUACUGGGGCAACAACAUUGAUCCUGACAUGCAGAUAUACGGAAGUUUGCCGCGUUCUAAGGAUAAUCGAAACUACAUAAACUACAUGAAGAGCAGCAAGUAUUGUAUAUGUCCAAGAGGAUAUGAAGUCAAUAGCCCACGAGUUGUCGAGGCUAUCUUCUUUGAAUGUGUCCCUGUGAUCAUUUCUGAUAACUUUGUUCCGCCAUUUUUCGAGACUUUGAACUGGGAGUCGUUUGCUGUGUUUGUGGCGGAGAAAGAUAUCCCGAAUUUGAAGAACAUCCUUGUUUCAAUCCCGGAGAAGACGUUUUUUCGGAUGCAUAUGAGGGUUAAGAAGGUACAACAGCAUUUUUUGUGGCAUCCUAAACCUUUCAAAUAUGAUUUGUUUCAUAUGAUUCUUCACUCUGUUUGGUAUAACAGAGUCUUUCAAUUUAGGCCCGGAUGAUAAAUUUUGUGUUACUAGAUAUGAAACUCUGCAACAUCAAAGUUUUUUCAUCUUUUUGUUUUUUGGUUUGGUGGGAGUGGAGGACUGAAGAGGGAGGUUGCUAAUUCUUUAUUUAUUUGUUCCAUAAAUGUAUAUAAUUUGCAUUACGAUCAAAGAACAGUGUACAUUGUAGGAACUAGGAGGUGCUAGAAGUUGAUUAUCUGAUCCCCAAUUCCACGAUUGUUGGAGAAAGGAUCUUGAACUAAGAAAUAGGCUUUAGAAACUAAAGUAGGGUAUCGCAAACUAUUGUAAUAACCAAACAUAUUCAUAGGUUACCCAUUAUAGUAGUUUUUGUCGGAAUA